UCCCUUUGGGCACGUCAGAGACAUUUUGUUGAUUAAAAAUGGCGGCCAUAUCAGAAUCUGACAUUCUUGAGAAACGGAUUGGAAUAUUGGAGAGUCUGGUCUUUGGAUUGGCGGACAAGGACACUGAAUAUCCAAAGUUUGCUCAACCAGAAACUUCUCCCGUAUUUGCUAAAUCAACCAAUGUCAAGUGUAUCGAUGCAUUAAACAAUGUCCAUUCCAAAAUUAAUGUAUCUGUGGCUGGACGUAAGAACAUCACCGAAACCUUUAAUAAAUUGUCAGACCUUCAAAAAUAUUUGGAUCCAGAAUUCACUGAUGAACUUACCAUAACUCCAUCAGCUAAAACAGAAAUGAUCCUGGCUGAAGAGGAUUUCAUAAUGCAGACAGCUUCAACGAUGCAGAAACUUAAAGAGCUGGAGCCAAUAAUUAGCAGUGAACAUGUAAAAGGAGCUCCAUACUUUUCAUCUUCUUCUAUGAGUCAUGAAAAAAUGCAGGAACUCAGCCAAGUCCAUUUAAACCAACAGGAUCAAGCUGCUCAUUUGACAGAUAAAGCGAAAGCACUGCUUGGUACUUACAAUUCUGUGAUCACCACUCUUUCUAAACAGUUUGUUGUUUGGGACCAAAUGCUUACCGAUAUGGAAAUCCAGGCAAAACCAGUAAAGAAAGCUGAUUGAAAUACUAAAAUUGGGAAAACUUUUUUUUUUGCUUUUUUUUUUUUUGCAUUUUCUUUUUCUGCACUUAAAGCCUAUCUGUGUAUAUGUGUUUUUGAGAGAUAGAGAGAGAGAUGAUAAAAAUGAGAGAAAAUUAUGAGACGAAAGAGAGAGAGAGAAAUAAAGAAGGAACAAGGGGAAAGUUUAAGAGAGAGCUAAUAGAAAAGAAGAGUAAAACUGUAAAAAGUGAGAGAGAGAGAGAUGGGGGGAAAAAGUUUCAUAAUAAAUGUUAAAAGUAUUUAAGAGAUUUACAAUAAGAAAUUAUGAAUGGGACUUGUGAAAGAAAGAAAGAAAGAAAGAGAUCAAGAGAAAGAAAGACAGAGAGAGAGAGAGAGCUAUGUAAUUAUUUAAUAUCUCAUAUCAUUAGGCUGAAAUAAUGGACUACUUUGGUUAACUUUGUUGAGUUUCCUUUUUAAAUGAAAACUCUAAAUCUGGCACCAAUAUUGCACCAGCUUCAUUAUACAUUUAUUACAGUUCUUAUUCUUUAAGGUAACGGUGGCAGAUUAACAGAUUCUGGACAAAAUGCCAUCCAGUAUAUCUUGCUGUUCUUUACAUUCUGGGUUCAAAUCUUGCUGAGGUCCACUUUGCCUCUCAUCCCUUCGGUGGUUGAUAAAAUAAAGUACCAGCUGAGUACUGAUGGUGGGGAUUACUAUAACUGACUUCCUUGCCCCCUCCUCCAAAUUUCAGGCCUCGUGCCUCCUAUGUUAGAAAUUAUUACUUAGAGCGAUCACUUGCUUACAAGCAUAAGCCAUUGACACAAUUUUCUUGGACUGUCCUACCCCAGGUCUUGUUGGGUUUAGUGUUGCCAUUGAUGCUUCUGUUACUACUUUUUGUUUUUAGUAACAGUGUUGGCCCUAUACAAACCCAUUUUUACCUGUGGGAAGAAAUGGUCCCUUUUAGUCUGCCCUCUGUCCUUUGGCCUGUCCAGCAUGGGAGGCCCUAUCAAGAACUUGCGCUUUGCUGGCAUAGUUCUUGGUGUCAUUGAGGCAUACAAGCCUCCACACCACAAACAAGGACUGAACCUUGUAAUGGAUGAAGAGCAGUGGAUCGAUAGAACCAUUACAGCAUUGGAGAAAUUACCUUGUGGUAUUUGUUCCAGCCCUAUAUGUACUAAGUUUAAAUUCCACUAAGGUCAGCUUUUCCUUUCAUCAUUUCAGAGUAAAUAAAAAAUAAAAUAUUAGUCAAGAACAGUGGGGAUCAAUUGAACUGAGUAACCCCUCCUGCUAUCAAAAUUGCUGGCCUUGUGCUUAGAUUAGAAACUAUUAUUAUUAUUGUUAUUCGUUCAGGGUCGAUAAAUCAAGUACCAGUAAAACAAUGGGAUCGAUGUAAUUGACUAGUCCCCUGGCCACAAACUUGGAUUUGUAUUGUCCUUGCUGCAAAUAAAGGAAAGAUUACUAUUCUUAUAUGAUGUCCACAAGAUGUGGAAGUAAAUUAUUAUUUGUACUGUGGAAUAAAUAUGUUAAAACUCUUA